UUUUGGCUGUCAACAUUGAACAAUAGUUGUUUGCUGAUUGCGCCGUUUCUGUAUCCAUGGGGUCUGCCAGUACGAACAAUGAAUUAUCUUAAUAACUCAACCAUGAUAGUAUUAAGUAUGCAACAGGAUCAGAGUUUACUGCAUAUCUAAUUUUUUGCAUUAUGUGUUUCCCAAUAUUGGUUCAGCUAAUUUCAGCACAGCUGUUCCCCUCACCAUACAAAAAAAUGAAAACGAAAUUUUUUUUGUUCAUUUUCAUUCUUCUCAUUCAAUUGAUCUCAUCAUUUUCCUGUGUAAAUUCUCAGUCAGAUUCUUGUUCUAAUAAUUUGAGUAAUCUCAAAGGUAUUUCUUUUAAUACAACAUCUCUAAGUUGUUUCGAUCUCUGGACUAGUCGUGGCUACGUCCUUAGAUAUUCAAAGACCGGAUCAGACAUAUGGAGCUUUCUUCUAUCAGCCCCAAAUACAAAGAAUUACAUCGCAAUUGGAUUUUCGGAAAGAGAAAAAAUGAUAGGGAGUAGUUCCAUGGUUGGAUGGAUUGGCAACAACAAUAUUGGUAUUGCUAAACAGUAUUUCUUAGCAGAGAAACGAAUAAAUGCAGUACGACCAGAUCAAGGAAACUUAACUCUAGUCAAGAAUUCGGAGACGGUUGUAACACAGAAUUCGCGAUUAUAUCUUGCUUUUCAAUUGAAAACUGCACAACAACCGUCAACAAACAUUAUUUAUUCGAUCGGACCAGAUGGUUUGCUUCCGAAUUCACAGUUCCAGCUAUCGCAACAUCUUGAUCAAGGAAAUACUCUGAUCAAUUACCAAACAGGUCAAGCCGAAGUUAUAAGUGUACCGUACACAAGGCUAAGGAGAGGUCACGGGUCACUGAAUAUGAUAGGUUGGGGUUUAUGUUUGUUGAUUGGAGCCAUGGUUGCUAGGUACUUGAGAGAAAAGGAUCCACUUUGGUUUUAUUUACAUGCUUGUAUUCAAGUUGUUGGAUUCAUUCUUGGAGUUUUUGGUAUCCUUACUGGACUUGUAUUGGAAGAUGUUCUUUCUGCUUCAGUGGACCGACACAAGACUAUUGGUAUCUUUGUUAUCAUUUUCGGAUGCCUACAGGUGAUUGCAUUUUUGGCUAGACCUAAAGUGGACUCGAAAUUCAGAUUUUACUGGAAUAUAUAUCACUGGACUGUUGGAAGGACAAUGAUUAUCCUUGCAGCCGCAAAUGUGUUUUACGGACUCAAGUUAGCAGACGAACAUAAAGGAUGGACUGCUGGAUAUGCAGUUGCUCUAUCAAUCCUGAUUGUUACUGCAAUUGGGUUGGAAAUAAGAAUGAGGAUGAGAAAGUAGAUUUACUUGUACUUGUUGUGUUAUUUUUCAAUUGGUUUUUUCUUCUUUUCCUCUCCAUACCAUCACUUGAUGAGAUUCUUUUUUGUAACUAUUUAUUAGAAUACCCUUUCGAUUUUUGAUUGUUCUUAAUUCCAUACCGUACAUUUACCUCAA